GAGUUCCGCGGUCGCCUUGACGACGGCGGACGCUGUAGCUGCUCUGAAGUGUGCCAGCCGAAGCCUGCGGAGGAGGACGCUGGAGCGCAGAGCAUGAGGAACUGGUGUCUGUGCCAGAUUUGCACCUGCGGACGGCAUCGCUGUCCACAUGGAACCACAAGGGUUUAUGAACAUUCUGACGUAUCUUGCCCCACGACGGAGUAUUUGGAAAAAUAUCCAAAAUAUGGCGAUGUUCUUCCACCUCAGAGUCUUAAACCAAAGCAAGGAUUUCAAGCACACCAUGGUAAAAUGGAAGGAGUAACCACAUUUAAGUCAGAUUAUCGCCCUUAUGAAAUAGUCAAGCAGCCUCGCCACCUACCUGAAGAAUAUAAACCCAAACAGGGGAAAAUUGAUCUUGGUACUACCUACAAGCGAGAUUUUAAUCCUUACAAAGUACAGCCUUUGAUAAAAGUCCGGCCUGUGGAAAGACAACAAGUUAAAAAAGGAAAGUUGGACACUGUCCCAACUUAUAAAGGUAACCUGUCAUUGUAAAAGCAAAAGGGUUCCAAACCUAAAAAUGCCAUCUUUGACCUUUACAAAAAAAAUUGUCAUCUUGUAUUGUCAUACUUAGCCACAGUGGUUAGAAAAGAACAUUUUGUUGUUGUUGUUGAUCAAAACAAUAUUGCUAGCAAAACCCAGUUACAGACAAACAAAACUGGCUCAUGGGAGUUCGGAGCCCUAGACUCUUCUCCAAAUGUGCCCCCUAAGUUGUCUGUAUCUCAAAGCAUAUGGAAAGCAAAGGACAUCACUGAGCAAAGAUAUAUAUUACACUUGUCACUUUGUCACAGUUGGUAUUGUCCUUUCACCCUGUCCUUCCUAUAAUGAGUUGAAACCCAGCUGAGAGUGUUGGAGUUGUUGAAAAGAAAAAACAGCAACUGUCUUCUUGAUUCAAAUUACAGACCAACCUGCAAAACUAUGGAAUUAGUAGAUUGUCAACUGACAUACCAUUUUUAUACUCUGAAGCAGGGUUCUCAGCCUUCCAGUGCUUCCAUCCUGUAAUGUUCCUCAUGUUGUGGGACCAAAUCAUGACCUCUAACCAAAAACUUAUUUCUGUUGCUAUGUCAUAAUUGUAAUUUUGCUACUGUUAGGAAUCGUAAUGUAAGUAGUUUUGGAGAUAGAAGUUUGUCAAAGGGGUCGCAGAUUGGAGGAUAAAGCUCUGAUCUAUGAGCAGAUUAUUCUCAGAACAGGUCUUCACAAUAAAAUAAACAUGCCCAUCCCCUGACAGACAGGGCCAGGACAACUGACGGGGUCUCCUCCUCCAAGCCUUACUUGCAGCAGGACAGGAGUGAGAACUUUCCCUUAACACACUUAAAAACGUGAGCACUGGCAAUUUCAUGGCCUAUCUUUUUAAUUUUUUUCACCAAAUCCCUAUAUGAUUUAAAUAUUUUAAAAAACUUACUCAUGGAAGUCUUCAUUUACAAACAGACCAUCUUGACAUGAACUAUCCUCUUUCCUUCCCUUAGUAACACAGUUGAACAUCAGGCUUAUAUUCUUUCCACUGGUUAUGUGAAAUAGCUGAGUGGGUGUUUUCAAAUAUAAAACCUUUUGCCAAAGCAAUGGCAUCUAUAGUUAGGUAAUAGCUAAUGACUAUUUUAAAGACUUUUAACAGUAAACAGAUAAGUAAAGUGCAAGGUACCAAUAUCCUGGGAUCUUAUGGGGAAGUUAGGAAUAAUUUUUUUUCUGAUUUUGAAAAACAGUACAACCACGGCUAUAGAACUGACGAAUUAUAAAGAUUAUGAAUGUUAAGUAAGUAUAAUCAAAUACAGCAAAACAAAUUACUGAAAUACUGAUAUGCAUAAAAGAUAAUCUUGACAUAAAAGAUAGUAAAAAUGACUUUGCUUUGACAUUUAUACAACCAUUGUAAUUUUCCAUGUAAUAUAUUAUACUAAAGACAGUAAUAUUGAUAUCCCUUGAUGCUGUGUGCAUUUAUGUAAUACACACAGAUACAUAUUAUAGUAUUCCAGGUUUUCACGCAUGAAACAACAGCCUCAAGUGUACUUAAGUUUGUAUGAUUGCAAUUCUGUGUGUAUCCGUCUGAAUACCUUCAUAAGAGCAGGCAUCUAUACAGUCUAAGAGGAGAGGAGAGAGGGAAGACAGAAAUAGAAUAUUGUAAAGGUUGGAGUCUACAAAACCCCAGGUACAUGGUUUGUUUCUUUGUGAACUUGCACUGUUUGAUGGAUGUGGUGAGCAGAGAGACUGAGCCAAAUAUUCCCACCAAACACCCAUGAAGUUUAUUUGGGAGUAGAUGCUUAGUAGAUAAAGCCCCACGAGAAAGAAUAUGCCACACCUAAAUCAUGUCCUCCAGAUAUUUAAACACAGGGCAUGGCUGUGUCUACCUAGCUCAGCUCCUAAUUGGAUUGAGGGGAUAUCCACUACACCCUACCUGCCAAAUAUCUGA